AUGUCUUCCCCUGCAAGGGAUGCGGAGAAGUUUGUGCCCUUCACGUUCGCUGCACCGGGUGCACUGGCUGACAUGUCUGUCGCCCAGAUUCUGGAGGAAGGCAAGGCUUUCGAAUUAGCGGGCAACCGAUGGCACCUCGACUGCUUCCGCUGCAACAGCUGCAGCACCCUCCUCGACUCCGAUGCCAACCUGCUCCUCCUCGGCGAUGGCUCGCUCAUCUGCAACAACUGCACCUACAGCUGCAGUGCCUGCGGUAACAAGAUUGAAGACCUCGCCAUUCUCACGGGCGACCAGGCCUUCUGUGCCACCUGCUUCCGGUGCCGAAACUGCAAACGAAAGAUCGAGAACCUGCGAUACGCAAGAACCUCGCAAGGCAUCUUCUGCAUGGGAUGUCACGAGACUCUGAUGGCCAGGCGCAGGAAGAAAUCCAAAGCGUCGAGCACAUCCAAAUCCCGCGAAAAAGAACACUCGCCCAUGUCGGCGGACAAGAUGACGGACAAGUCCCUCCCCGCCUUGCCUCCCACCGCCUCGGCGAGCAACAUCCCCCCCCACGCCGAUUCCGAUGCCCAAGCGCCCCACGCUCAUCACAGACACAAUGGCUCGUCCUCCAGGGGCAGCUCACGUCCUGCUCCCUCGCCCGAGCGCGACCCCAUCCGUGCCGAUUCCUUGAGCCUGCCCGCCAGCACCUACCGGAAGAACCGCAACUCGGGCAUGUUUGCCAUCGCCGACGCCGGCACGGGAGACGCAUCCGAGACUUUCUUCAUACCCGUCGCGCUCGAUCCCAGCCCUGGCUCCCACGGAACGCCGAGGUCCACGACGGAGAGUACGGGUCCGAGGGAUUAUUUCAGCGUCUCCAAAUCGGGUGCCUCCUCCGAUAAGCAGCGGAGCGACUCGCAUGCCUCGACGCCGCACAUCGCUUUCCAGGACAAGGGCCGCCAGCUGUCCAUCGACCCCGAGGCCUCCCAAGCCAAGUCGCCGCACCUCCGCAAGGUGUCCAAGGCGUUCGAGCAGGAUCCGAGCAAGGCGUCUCCUGACGCAUCCAAGCUUCAUCAUGAUACCCCCAACGCCAAGAGAGAUCUUGUGUCGCGAAGCAACAGCUCUCACUCCUUCUCCGUGCCGCCAGACGCCACGCCUGUCAGGGCUUCCAACGGCGCUCUUCGAAAAGAUCAACCACCCAACUUGUCGGACCUGCGGAGGGCGACCGAAAAUACGCCGCUGCCACGUGCGUCGCAAGAUUCGAGAUGGCAAGAAGACGACGAUACGGCCGCUUCGCACGAUGCCGGCUCCAAACCCCCCAUGCGCUCGGACACAACCAAGUCGAUUCCGCGAAAGGAGCUCCCUUCUAGCGCCGCCACCCGAAGCAUAAAAGAAGCGACGAGCAGCACCUCGCUGCAGGCCCCCGCGUCCGAGAAGAAGGAUAGCCCGGUGGAGGGUCAGCGCCGCCCACGGGUGAUUCCAGCACCUAUCGACAGCAGCCGUGGCGUGGACGACAUCAGCCCCAAGGACACGUCCCCACCCCAGAAGCACUCUCCGAAGCUGCCUAGGUGGAGCAACGGAGGUGAAUUCAGUAUGGAUGAGGACAUGGCUAGGAUCCUCGGCACCGAUGAAGAUUCAUCCUCCAUCAUGCGGCGAGUCUCCAACGCCGUUCGCCACGGUCGCACGGCCAGCAUCGAUUCAAGCUACGGCACCCAGCGGGUUGGGCAUACCCGAAGCAUCAGCGAGUCGACUCGUGGAAUGGCCUCCCCUAGGUGGCCCAAGACGCCCCUGGUGGAGGAUCCCAGCGGCCACCCCGGCAUCAGCAGCCCUGUCUCGCUCUCGUCCGUCGACGACCCCGGGGUGCUCAAGCGACAGCUUCGGAACUCGGAGCUACGCGUUGCCGAGCUGGAGCGGCAGUUCAACACGGAAAAGGACCUGAAGAAUCUCAACAAGAGGCUCAUCGAGAAGCGCAAGACCGUGUCCGUUCUGGACACCCAAACCGAGGUUAUGAUUCGACAGCUCGAGGUCCUAGCCGGGUACGUCGAGCGCGCAAAGGAGACAAAGACGCCGGUUGAUCCGCGUGAGUUGGAAGACUCUGCCGUGAAAGAGUUUGUUCAAAAACUCGACAAAGUGAAGAUGGCCAUGGCGGCAUCCAUUGAGCAGCUCCACGAAGAGCGGGACCAGUUGGUGGAAGAGAAGAACCUGGCCGUCGCCCACAGAGACAGGGCCCUCAUGGAGUUUGAGCAGCUGUCGUCCAAGAAUGCGCAGCUUGCCGACAUGAACAACGACCUCACCCAUCAGAUCCAGGAGCGAUUCAGGUCUCAAAUAAGCGUCGACACCAAGGCUCACAACGGACUCGGCAUUUACCCCCAAACCAAGGGGGGUGCCGGAUCGUCGCUGAACCUCGAUUCCGCCAGCGUGGCGACAACCGGUGCCACCACCUUGGUUCCCGACGAGGAGCCGAUUGUCGAAUCUGGCCCGACCGUUGUCCAUGUCCGCAAGGGCCAGGUCAAGAAGUUCAACUGGAAGAAGGGUUCCAAGACGAUGGCGCAGAAUGUCGCCAAGGGGGUCAACAGAGCCGUCGUUGCCUUCCAGCAGAAUGAUCGGGAACGAAUGCACCACCCGGUCGGCGACAACAUUGGCCUGCCCUACAACAUGACCGUUUCGCAAGUGGAAGCCCCCGUCACGACGGUGCCGAACACGCAAGGGAAACAGCACCCGGAUGGGCGGCAGCCGUUUGGCUUCUUUGGGAAGAAGAAUUCCAUGCCAAAGUCGAUCUCGGCCAACGCCGUAAUGGCCCCUGCUGUCGCCGAACCCCCCUCAACGCUAUUCGGAUCCGAGCUUGUUGAGAGGACUGAAUACGAGCGUCGGCAGAUUCCAACCGUCGUCUCGCGUUGCAUCGAGGAGGUCGAGCUCAGAGGCAUGGAUCAGGAGGGCAUCUACCGGAAGACCGGCGGCAACUCGCAGGUCAACAUGAUCAAGGAUGGCUUCGACAAGGACGACAACUUCGACAUUUCCGACCCUGAUAUGGACAUUACCGCUGUUACCAGUGUUCUGAAACAAUAUUUCCGCAAGUUGCCAACCCCCCUGCUCACCUUUGACGUGUAUGAGAAGGUUUUGGAGUCCAACGCUGUGUCCGAUGAUACGGAGAGGUGCGAUCAUUUACGAAAGUCUUUUUCGUUGAUGCCCCAGCCACAUAGGGACUGCCUGGAGUUCCUGAUGUUCCACCUUGCACGUGUUGCGAAGCGAGAGCCCGAAAAUCUGAUGUCCCCGAAAAAUCUGGCUGUCGUCUUCGCGCCUACCAUCAUGCGCGACUUCAGUAUUGAACGAGAAAUGACCGACAUGCACGCCAAGAACAUUGCCAUGCAGUUUGUUAUCGAGAAUAGCCACAGGAUUUUCGACGAUGCAUGA